GGAGUGACAAGUGACAAGUGACAAGACGCAUGCACGGGACAUAUGUGGGGCUUAAAUUUAAUCCUGAAAGGGAAGAUCAGACCAAAACAUGAGAAGGAAAUUUAGGCAAUUUCAAAAAUAGAUGUGGGCGUGUUGAAACUAUAAAACAUCAAGUCUUGGAGUGAAUUUCCAUCAGAUUUUGCUUUCCUCAAGCAGUACGAUUUCAAGAAUAAAUAACUUCUAAACAGACAAGAUAUGAAGCUGUUCCUGGCUAGCUUGGUUGCAUUGUUCGUAUUGACAGUUGCUGAAGAGUUGAAAUUCAAACGGACCGGUGAGACUGAAGACAAGAACCGUUUUCAAUCGGCAGGCUUGGUGAGCAAUGACGAUGGGAUCCAAAAACGCGGUUCGCUGUGUAUCGACACAUGUGAGAAUGGAGUCGUUAAAUCAAAGUAUUGCACAACUUAUGCAAGGUAUUGUUUCGGUCACGGGCAGGCCGUUUACAUCAGAUUCAGCAGUCCAUUUAAAAGAACGCCAAAGGUGACGAUUGGUCUCACGCUGGUCGACACUCACAAAAAUCAAAAUGUUCGCGUUUCUGUUAAGGCAGAAAGUGUAACAACUCAUGGAUUCACCAUAAAAUUCAAACCAUGGGAUUUUUCUAUCACCUAUCAAAUUGCCGUCAACUGGAUGGCCUGUCCUUGAGCAUGAACUACACGCCGAUGUUAGUUAAUCCACGAAGGAACUUAGUUGAGACAUAAAUUAGUAUCCUGUAUGUGCGUGUUGUGUUGUUCAUGUCGCGUAUUUUCAGUUGUAAUUUGAUACUUUUAUAAUCAAUA